AUGCAGACCCUCAAAGAUCUCACAAACUCGUUGCAUGACAAUGCAAGUUUGCAGCGAUUGCGGGAGAAUUUGAAUGAGAUACCCAAGAGGUGGUUGGCGAGAGUUGACCAGCCAGAGGACUAUUUGCUGGGCACAGUGAAGGGUGAGUGCAAUUAUCACUUCAAGUUUCGGCUUGAAGGUGGUGGAUACUUCCAGACGGGAGUUCUGGUGGCUUCUGCAGAAGCAAGUCCUGGAGGCCUUCCCGUGCCAUUGCGCUGCAAAUGGAGACGGCGAGUUGGAGAUUUACCAGUUGAGAUACCUGGUGUCACUUCGAAUAUGUAUCAGAUCUCGGCUGAUGAUGCUGGGACCGACAUUUCAGUAGAGGCACAACCAGCAGACGCCGAUGAUGGUCAUCAUGGCAUUGUUGUCGGGGAGAUUGGUCCCUUCGAGCUUGAUCCAGCAACUCGACGGAGUCUUGACAAUGCACUGGGAUUUGGUGGAAGCAGGUUUACUGUAAUGCAAUCAAAACUUCCUGGAGAACCAGCCAGUGGGCGUCAGGACUUGAGCAUCCAAGUAUCCACUGAAGGCGUAAGAGUAGCACCUGUGCAAGGAGGCUACAGUCAAAACCGAGAAAGCAGGGAAAUUUAUGCUGAGUACACCGGAGACUACCCGAAGGUUAUCAUUCAUCCGUUGGACACGUCAAAGUUUCAGCUGGUGAUGAGCGAAGUCAAGACGUUCCACCUCAUUGCGCUUUCCCGCACAUCUCGAGAUCUCAUUGCUUUGACCAUCCGAUGCUUUCACGCCAAGAAGUUCAUGUCAACGUCCAGUAUUUUGCAGACGGUGUUACCUGUUUCAAUGCCUGACGCUACAGGUGUGAUGCCUACUAUGGACUCGCGGCUCGAUGCCUCAAUCGUUUUAGAGAGGCUCGCAAAGGCGCGUUUCACACGCAGCAGGUGCAGGCAUGGCAGGUAUGUUUUCCUCAACCUUGCACGGCUGCUGCCGAUUUAUUGGCUCGGCCACAACAGCAAGCCAGCAAUGUCCCAAUGA